AUGUUCACAGAGAUCUACAUCACAAAGGGAGGGACUGCAGAGUUCCAUGAUGAACAUGAGAUCAGACAGAUUGAAACAGCAUCCUGGAAACCAGACAGACCAGAAAUAACAAUCAGACAUGAAGACAUCUUUAAAUCCCCACCUGGAAGUGAUGAACCAAUCAGAACAGUGCUGACAAUGGGAGUGGCUGGCAUUGGGAAAACAGUCUUAACACAGAAGUUCACUCUGGACUGGGCUGAAGGCAAAGCCAACCAGGACAUCCAGUUCACAUUUCCAUUCACCUUCAGAGACCUGAAUGUGCUGAAAGAGAAAAAGUACAGCUUGGUGGAACUUGUUCAUUUGUUCUUUAGUGAAACCAAAGAAGCAGGAAUCUGCAGGUUUGAAGAGUUCCAGGUUGUCUUCAUCUUUGAUGGUCUGGAUGAGUGUCGACUUCCUCUGGACUUCCUCAACACUAAAAUCCUGACUGAUGUUACAGAGUCCACCUCAGUGGGUGUGCUGCUGACAAACCUCAUCAGGGGGAAUCUGCUUCCCUCUGCUCGCCUCUGGAUAACCACACGACCUGCAGCAGCCAAUCAGAUCCCUCCUGAGUGUGUUGACAUGGUGACAGAGGUCAGCGGGUUCACUGACCCACAGAAGGAGGAGUACUUCAGGAAGAGAUUCAGAGAUGAGGAGCGAGCCAGCAGAAUCAUGUCCCACAUCAAGACCUCACGAAGCCUCCACAUUAUGUGUCACAUCCCAGUCUUCUGCUGGAUCACUGCUACAGUUCUGGAGGAUAUGUUGAAGACCAGAGAGGGAGGAAAGCUGCCCAAGACCCUGACUGAGAUGUACAUCCGCUUCCUGGUGGUUCAGUCCAAACGGAAGAGUGUCAAAUAUGAUGGAGGAGCUGCGACAGAUUCACCCUGGAGUCCAGAGAGCAGGAAGAUGAUAGAGUCUCUGGGAAAAUUGGCUUUUGAGCAGUUGCAGAAAGGCAACCUCAUCUUCUAUGAAUCAGACCUGACAGAGUGUGGCAUUGAUAUCACAGCAGCCUCAGUGUACUCAGGAGUAUUCACACAGAUCUUUAAAGAGGAGAGAGGACUGUACCAGGACAACGUGUUCUGCUUCGUCCAUCUGAGUGUUCAGGAGUUUCUGGCUGCUCUUCAUGUCCAUCUGACCUUCACCAACUCUGGAGUCAACCUGCUGGCAGAAGCAAAAUGGUGGUCUAAUCCAUUUAAAGACAGAUCUACACUGACAUAUCUCUACCAGAGUGCUGUGGACAAGGCCUUACAGAUUCCAAAUGGACAUCUGGACUUGCUCCUCCGCUUCCUCCUGGGUCUUUCACUGCAGUCAAAUCAGAAGCUCUUACGAGGACUGCUGACACAGACAGGAAGUAGCUCAGAGACCAAUCAGGAAACAGUUGAGUACAUCAAGAAGAAGAUCAGGAAGAACUCCUCUGCAGAGAGAAGCAUCAAUCUGUUCCACUGUCUGAAUGAACUGAAUGAUGGUUCUCUAGUAGAGGAGAUCCAACAGUACCUGGGAUCAGGACGUCUUUCUGCAGAUAAACUGUCUCCUGCUCAGUGGUCAGCUCUGGUCUUCAUCUUACUGUCAUCAGAAGAAGAUCUGGAUGAGUUUUACCUGACAAAAUACGGCGCUUCAGAAGAGGCUCUUCUGAGGCUGCUGCCAGUGGUCAAAGCCUCUAACAAAGCUCUGUAA